AUGUCUACUACAUUCACAUACCAAUGGGAUACCCCUAAAUACAAAGGAAAGACCUCGUUCAGUACUGGUCUGUUCAUCGGCGGCAAGUUCGUUGACGGCUCCAGUGGAGGAACUAUUGACGUCGUCAACCCCGCCACCGGUCAGGUCAUCACCAAGAUCGCUGAGGGCACCGAGAAAGAUGUCGACACCGCAGUUGAAGUCGCACAGAAGGCUUUCGAUACCGUCUGGGGUCUGAAAGCUUCUGGUAUGAAGAGAUCGGAGUUGUUAUGGAAACUCGCGCAAGCAAUGGAGGGCGUCAAAGAGGAGCUGGCUGCCAUCGAGGCCCUUGAUAAUGGAAAGACAUAUGACUGGGCGUUGGGUACUGAUGUCGCAUUCGCUAUCAACGUGUUCAAAUAUUUCGCUGGUUGGGCAGACAAAAUCCAAGGGCAAACAAUUGAGACCGACGAGCGUAAAUUGAGCUACACCCGGCAUGAGCCUAUUGGCGUCGUUGGCCAGAUUAUUCCUUUGUUGAUGCUCUCUUGGAAGAUCGCCCCUGCUCUGGCUACUGGAAACACCAUCGUUCUCAAACCGUCUGAGUUCACUCCCCUCACCGCCUUGCGAAUGUGCGAACUUAUCAAGGAGGUUGGAAUCCCCGAUGGUGUUGUCAACAUCGUCAACGGAUAUGGUAACACUGUUGGUGCCGCUAUUUCUUCUCACAUGAAGAUCGACAAGGUUGCCUUCACUGGAAGUACUCUUGUUGGCCGAAAGAUCAUGGAAGCGGCUGCCAAAUCUAAUUUGAAGACCGUCACUCUCGAAUUGGGAGGUAAAAGUCCAAACAUCAUCUUCGACGAUGCGGAUCUUGAGCAGGCCAUCAACUGGUCUGUCCACGGCAUCUUCUGGAAUCAUGGUCAGGCAUGCUGUGCAGGAUCCCGCAUCUUCGUACAAGCUGGUAUCUACGAUGCCUUCUUGAAAGGAUUCACCGAGCGAGCCAAGGCCAUUAAAGUUGGCGAUCCUUUCGGCGUCGGUAUUAACCAAGGUCCUCAAGUCUCCGAGAUCCAAUAUGAUCGUAUCAUGGGGUACAUCAACUCUGGAAAAGAGCAAGGUGCGACUGUCCACCUAGGAGGUGACAGACACGGAACAGAAGGCUACUUCAUCAACCCAACUAUCUUCACCGAUACCAAGCCAGACAUGAAAAUUGUGCAGGAGGAGAUCUUUGGACCCGUCGGAGUUAUAAUCAAGUUUGAGGAUGAAGAAGAUGUCAUUCGUCAAGCCAACGAUACUGUCUAUGGACUUGCCUCCGCUGUCUUCACUCAAAAUAUCAACCGCGCCAUCGAGACAGCGCACAAGCUGCAAGCUGGAACUGCAUGGAUCAACUGUGCGAACCAACUGCACCCUCAAGUACCGUUCGGAGGAUACAAACAAUCCGGUAUUGGGCGCGAGUUAGGAGAGUAUGCCCUCACCAACUACACCAACGUCAAGGCUGUGCAUGUCAAUCUCGGUUACCGUCUCUCAUAG